UCUGAUUUCAGUCCCUCCCUUCUUUCCUCUCCGACUAUAAUGCUCCGUCGUAUCUUCACUACCAAAACCACCGUCAUCCGCCAUCUCCACCACAACCGUCAUCAUCAUCAAUCCACCACUCUCCACCGCCGUUUCUCCACCACUAACCACCAAAAAACCGAACAAAAUUACCAAAAUACCCUUCCCCCAGCCCUCAACAACCUCCGCCCAAACUCUCUUUCUCAUCUCUCCACAUCCUCCAAAUUCACACUAACAGCUUCAGUAAUUUCCCUAACCGCGUUGCUGACGUCAUCCUACGUCAUCCUAACCUACGAUAAAAGUAACAGUAGCAAAAUCAAUGAAAUCAAAGAAAUCUACGUUGACCGGUCAACGGAGACAGUUAAGAGAGUCGUGAGUACGAUGAAACACACCGGCGUUGCGGCGACGGUGUUGUGGAAGUCGUUGCGGUCGGUUUUGAGUUCGGCGAACCACGAGGUUAGGUUAGGGUUUGAAGUUAGGGUUGCGGCAUUAUUAGCGGAUAUCGUUGCGGCGAACGAAGGCAGACGGAUGGCGAUUGUAGGUGCAGGUGGUGGUGUGGUUGUUGAUUGGUUAUUGGAUUUAGUUAGUGGUGGAGGAAGUGCAGGUGGAAGUGUACAAGGAGAAGCGGCUAGGGCGUUGGCGUAUUUGAUCGCGGAUGAGAAUGUUUGUGAGGUCGUGUUGAAUAGGCCGAAUGCUGUUCCGAAUCUUUUGAGGUUUAUUUACCUUGCUCAACCGAAUACAUCGAAAAAGCAACCAAGGCGCAGUUCAUUUGAUAUUUCUGAUCCAUCAAAAGGUAGAAGCAUGCUCGUUGCAGCAAUAAUGGAUAUCGUCACUUCCAACUGUGACAACGUGGACAAGAUCAGGCUCAAGCCCAUGCUAUCUGGGGCAGCUGCAAUGCGAGAUAUCGCAGCAGCACUUCAGGUUGUUGAAGAAGGUGGCAUGCACAUGGAUGAACCAUCCGAUAAUCAGGAUGAUGAUGAUGAUGGUGGAACCGGAUUAAAAGGAAUUGGGAUGAAAGUUCUUGGAGGUACUACGGUUGUGGGUCUUUCUAGAAAUAAUGGGUCGAUGGAGUUAGAGGAAUCGUUUAAAUCUACCCCAAAAAGUCUUUCAUUUAGUAAAUUAAAUGAUAGUUCUCCGUAUGUAGUACCUGGAUUGUGGGAUGAUUUGCAUUCUCAACAUGUUGCUGUUCCUUUUGCUGCAUGGGCUUUAGCAAACUGGGCAAGGGCAUCAGAUGUAAAUAGAUCUCAUAUACAAGAACUAGACCGAGAUGGUCAUGCUGUCAUGUCAGCUUUAGUUGCUCCCGAGAGAUCCGUUAAAUGGCACGGGAGCUUGGUUGCUCGGUUAUUAUUAGAAGAUCAAAAUCUUCCCUUGAAUGAUUCUGUUUCUGAUUGGAGUUAUACUCUUCUUACAACAGUAUCUCAAGCGAGCAAAAGCAGUGAUAUCUCGUUGACUCUCGUUGCUUUAUCUGCAUUCUUACUGUCUCUUGAGAGGUGCCCCAGGGCUCAAAGGGUAGUUAUGGAAAAAGGUCUAGGUUUAAUGAGGGAUUCUGCUAAACGGACUAUGCGUCACACAGCUGUACAAGAAUCAUUGGCAAAAGGGUUGGAAUCACUUUGUUCAGGGGACAUGCAUUUAUCUCUUGAGGAAGGGAAAAAGUGGUCUAGCAUUUUACUUUCAUGGGUAUUUAGGGAGACUUCAUCUGAUGCUCUUACAUCUUCUGCCAUAAAUAUACUUUCUCGUAUUUGUGAAGAUUAUGGACCAUCUUCCAUACCAAUCUCUCAAGGUUGGUUAGCUGUUAUGCUUUUUGACAUACUGAAAUCAAGAAAAUUAUCUCUUAAAGGGAGUGUUCAGCCUAGGGACAAAGUGAAGACUCAAAUUGAUCAGGCAAACAUAGUAUCUGGCACACACAGUGUCAAUCAAUUGGCCAGUGCUGUGGUUAAUUUGGCCGUAAAUCAACUGGGAACAGAUUCUUUUAAAGGGGAUUUAUCUACUUUGGCAGAUUUUCUCUCCAUUGAACCCUUUAUUGGAACAUACAAAAAUUUGAAGAAAGACAACAUGCCUAAAGUGAAUGCUUUAGAUUCAGCACUGGCAACUCUGAAGGGGAUCAAAGCUAUGACAGAGAUUUGCAGCGAUGACACAUUUUCUCAAAACAAAAUAGUGGAUUAUGGUGUAGUUUCAUUGUUGCGUCGCUUUUUAUUGAGAGAUGAUUACGAGAAGUUAGCAGCAAUUGAAGCAUAUGAUGCAUCAAGAGACAUGGAUUCCAAGGAUGUAACUGUAAGUGGUCGUGGUGAGUCCUCUGCUCCUGAUGCUCGUGAACUGUCUAAUGCCCGGAUCCCACCAGUGGCACACAUCCGUCGGCAUGCGGCUCGGUUACUAACAUUGCUCUCGGUUCAUCCAAAAGUUAAAAAGUUGUUACGUGAUGACGAAGCAUUGUGUAAUUGGCUUGAUGAAUGUGCAAAUGGAAAGAUCCUGGGAAACAAUGACCUUAAAACUCAAAGUUAUGCUAGAGCAACAUUGCUAAAUAUCUUUUGCAAUGACGAUGAUUUCAAAGAUAAUGUGAACGACGAGUAUCCUGGUGGCGUUAAUAAAAGCCAUAAUUGUGCUCGUUAUACUGAGAUGAUGUUUUUAAUCAACCCUGAAAGGCCUCAUUGGGAUUGUUCUGGAAAAGGAAAGCGUACAUUGACCAAAAAGGAAAAUCAAGUUGAUCCCGGUGAGGACAUUAGCCCAACAUCUUAUAGUGAAUCAGUGAGUCAAUUGGGAGAUCCUUCAUUUGAUAUUAUAUUUGUACAUGGUCUGCGUGGAGGACCGUUUAAGACAUGGCGGUUAUCUGAGUGCAAGUCAUCCUCUAAAUCUGGGCUUGUAGAAAAGAUUGACGAAGAAGCCGGAAAACAAGGAACGUUUUGGCCGGGAGAGUGGCUUUCAGCUGACUUCCCUCAUGCGCGUUUGUUUAGUCUUAAGUACAAGACAAAUCUUACUCAGUGGUCCGGAUCAAGCCUGCCUCUACAGGAAGUUAGCUCCAUGCUGUUGGAGAAGCUACUUGCAGCACAUAUUGGAGAUCGACCAGUUGUAUUUGUAACUCAUAGCAUGGGAGGAUUGGUUGUGAAGCAGAUGCUGCAUCAAGCAAGUUCAGAAAAUAGAGGCAAUCUUGUCAGGAACACUGUUGGUGUGGUGUUCUAUAGUUGCCCACAUUUUGGUAGCAAACUUGCAGAUAUGCCCUGGCGAAUGGGUUAUGUGCUCCGCCCUGCACCAUCGAUAGGAGAGUUGAGAAGUGGCUCCACGAGAUUAGUGGAGCUUAAUGAUUUUCUUCAUGAUCUACAUAAAAAAGGGUCUCUUGAUGUUCUCAGUUUUUGUGAGACUAAAGUAACUCCAAUAGUUGAAGGCUACGGUGGAUGGGCUUUUCGGCUGGAAGUGGUUCCCAUUGAAUCUGCAUAUCCUGGAUAUGGGGAACUUGUUGUAUUGGAGUCCACUGAUCAUGUAAAUUCAUGCAAACCUAUUAGCCGAACCGAUCCUUCUUACCGUGAAGCUUUACAAUUUUUGCACAAACUUAGAGCAGCGACACACAGAUGAAUUUACAUUGGCAUAUUUUUGGGUAGGAUGCACUAUCGAUACAGUAAAUCUAGAGCCUUAAACUGAUGGUUAAAUACGACUGGUACACAGCUCAUUGGGUGAUUGAUCUAAGUCCCAAGCAGAUUGAAUUACUAAUUUACCCCCAUUUUGCACUGUUGGUAUUUGAUUUACAGAUGCUGGGGUGUUUACAGGUUCAUGCACAUAAUAUGUAGGUCUUGUAUAUAGCAAAUAGUAACAAAUAACAAAUUACAGGUACCAUAAUCUCCUACUAGUCAUUUACUAUUUGUAACCUCCUUCUAAGUUGAUAUUGAUCUCUGUGUACCAGAUUAUCGUAUUUUAAUAUAUUGAUAUUUGGUAUACAUUUAAACA